UUGGCACUAAACAGUGAGGUAUAAUUUGUGAUACUCUUUUUUGGUUUUUGUUUUAGUGUAUUGUGCUGGUUCUCUGUGUAUAAUAGCUGUUUUAUUACUUUUAUGCACACCCCUAUGUGUUUCUCAUUGCACAGUUAGCAAAAAUGCUAAGAAUAUGUGACAUGAAAUAAAAAGAACACCAUCAUAUUGUCCUAGAAACAGAUGCAGUUGAAACCUUUAAAAAUGUUUAUAUCAUAACCAAAUUUAGUAAUUUAACUUUUUCCCCAGUUCCCCAGCCUUAUAUGAAUACAGUUACUCCACAACAGCAGAUUCCCCAGCAAGGCCUAGCCCCAAGGGCUCAAUAUGGACCUCAGUCUACCAUCAGUGUUGGCCAGCCACCACAGCCAGUAGCUGUUCCUUAUGAAAGUUAUCAAACUCAACAGCAAUACAGUCAACAACAACCAGCAGGAAAAGGAUCAGCUAUUGUUCACCAACCUCAGUUUCAACCAGGUGCUCCUCAGUAUGACUCCACUCCACAACCUGGUCAAGCCUACCCACCACAACAAUAUACUACUUCUUACUCUCCUGGAACAUCCCAACCACCUGGUGCUAAUCCUUACUCUCGAGGACCUCAGAGUGGUUACCCCCGACCUGUACAAGCUUAUCAACAAGGUUACCAGUAGUAAAAACUAAAGAUUAAAACAUUAUGCAGGUUGUUGCUCUUUUGAGAGAAAAAUGGUUAAAGUGAUUAUUUGUACACAUU